UUUUUCUUCGGGUGUGGCUGGUGGCCGCGGCUUCUUCUCUUCCUCCCGCUGCUGCUGCUGCUGCUGCGCCGAAGAAGAAGAAGAAGAGAAAGAAGAAGAAGAAGAAGAAGCGGCUUGCAUACUCUCACUUCUGCUGUCUAGAGCUGCCUCUGCUGCUGCUGCUGCUGCGGCUGGUGCUGCUGCUGCUGCUGUUGAUGCUGCUGCUGCGGCUGGCGCUGUCGCUGCUGCUGCGGCUGGCGCUGUCGCUGCUGCUGCUGCUGCUGUUGACGCUGCUGCUGCUGCUGCUGCUGGCGCUGCUGCUGCGGCUGCUUGCUGCUGUCCCCACUGCGGUGGCUGCUGCUGUUGUGUUUCGCGCUGCUGCUCCGCCAAACUCGGCUGUCGCUGCUCAUGCUGCACCCCUCGCUGCAGCUGCAGCAGCUGCUGCUGCUGCCGUAGCUGCUGCUGCUGCUGCUGGUGCUGCCGUAGCUGCUGCUGGUGUUGUAGCUGCUGCUGCUGCUGUUGUAGCUGCUGCUGCUGCUGUUGUAGCUGCUGCUGCUGGUGUUGUAGCUGCUGCUGGUGUUGUAGCUGCUGCUGCCGUUGUGCAGCACGUACGGGACAUGGCCCCCUUAGUAGCGGGAGAGGAGCGGCAGCAGCCGCAGAAGCAGCAGCAGGAGGAGCAGCAGCAGCAGCAGGAGGAGGAGCAGGAGCAGCAGCAGCCGCAGCAGGAGCAGCAGCAGCCGCAGGAGGAGCAGCAGCAGCCGCAGGAGGAGCAGCAGCAGCCGCAGGAGGAGCAGCAGCGGCUUUGUAUGCAGCAGCAGCAGCAGCAGGAGCCGCAGCAGCAGAGUUGCAUGCACCAGCAGGAGCAGCAGCAGCAGCGUUGCAUGCAGCAGCACGAGCAGCAGGAGCUGCGGCAGCAGGAGGAGGAGCAGCAGCUACAAAAGCAGCAGCAGCAGCAGGAGCAGCAGGAGCAGCAGCAGCAGCAGCCCCGGCGUAGCAUGCAGCAGGCCUGUCCGUUCCUCCGAAAGGCAUAG